AGAGUCACUUAUCACUCAUAUUGAGAAAGAUUCCACAGAACUCUGGCCAUAUGAAUGGGAAGAAGAAGAGAAAAAACCGAAAAAUGAGUCUGUUUUACGUGAGCAGAGUGAUACUGCAAUAAAAAUAGUAGAAGAACAAUUUCCUUUUCUGUUUUAUCGAAAUUCUAGUAAUGGCUUUGAUACUUUUGAUAGAACUCUGCCUAUAACAUGUUUGAUCUGUGAAAAAGAGCACAUGAGAGAAG